AUGUCGACCUCUGCAGCAGCAGCCGCAGUAGCAGUAGUAGCAGCAGCCGCUACGACGUCGAAUAACAUGAACAACCCUGCUAUCAAUCCUGCUUCUUGUGAUUUACAAGAAGUCAUUCUUUAUUAUCAAUCGCAACCCGAACUUUUACGCCUUAUUUUAUUGAGCAAGGUGGAAGAAGACAAACGAAAAGCAGAAGAAGCAAAAUUACGUGCAAAAGAACUCGACAUGUUAUUACUUCAGCAGCAACAGCAACAGCAACCACCCCUCAUGGGGACACCACAAACACCCGAUGCUUCCAUCUUGUCUGGCACAACGACGAGUGCGACCACAACGGCCAAUGCAGCUACGACAACACCCCCAUUACCGUCCUCUGCCAACUAUCCUUCCACGCAUCCUUUACUAGCCAAUACAGCGGCUGCCAAUCAGUUUCGUCGUCAAAGUGCGCUUGAAAUGUUGAUGGACGACAGCGACUGCAAUCGACGCGAUUCCGCCUUGGGUUCCUCGUUUGAUAGUAACGCAAACCCUGAUGACACACAUCCUGACGAUGACCGUCAUAACACGGCCACCUCCUUUCUUACCAACCAUUCCACCUCGGCCGCUGCUAACCUUCUUUCCAUGAGUUUCCCUCCUCAACCUUUAUUAAGCUUGCCUACGACAACCACAAGGCAUUCACUCCAUCCUUUAUCUCCUGCUUAUACAACGGCGGCCGCUCUUUCUACGAAUGCCACGACACCGAACGCCACCACCUCUCCUUAUGAUCCUACCACGAGCACCGCUACCUCGACUACCCAUUUUACUUCCUCCCUUCACAGCAUGACAUCUCCUUCCUCCUCCACCCCCUCCUCUUCUUCUACUCUGAAUCCAUCCUCAUCACACGAUGCCACUUCCAAUACGACCCCUCGUCAGCAGCAGCAUCAUCGUCAUGAAAAUGGCAGCUACUUUCCUCAACGUCCUCGUCGUCGACGUGAGAUGCAGGCCAUCUCAAAAAUCGUCGAAACCAGGGAUUAUCCCUACGUGGAUGGUUACUUUUGGAAGAACAAUGGCAACACCAUUCAAAAGAAGACUGGCAACAAGAGUGUCUAUUACAAAUGCUCCAAUAGUGGUAAAGGAUGCCCUGUCAACAAGACCGUCACUUGGAAAGAAAAUGGUGAAUAUCUCAUCAAAUACCGUGGUGAACAUCUUCCUGAAUGUGGUAAAGUGCAACGCAUUGUUGACAUGUAA